GUGAUGAGCAUGAGAGGGGCCAGGAGAGAGGUGGGUUAGCUUGAUGGCACUCUCCUAUCCGGUAGAGGAUGAGGGUGCCGCAGGUGAUGGAGAGAGGGAUUAUGUCAUCGCAGGUGAGUGGGAGGUUGAUGAUGAGGGGGUAGUUGGCGAUGGUAACGCAGCAAUAGUAACAACUACAAUAUCAACAUCAACAAUACUGGAGGUGGAACAGGGGUGUAGGGCUGACAACAACAACAACGACAACAACAACGACGACGACGGCGCUGAGAUGGGAUUGCCGGGAUUGGGUGAAACUGGCGAAGAGGGUGAGAAGGGCGAGGAAGAUGAGGGGAGGGCUAGCGAUUGGUGGGAGAACUUGAUGGCGCUCUCUCCUCGGGUCGGCGCCAGCAAUACUGACGUCGACGGUGUCACUCGUCUGCGGCAGCGCAAUGGAGAUCGAACAGGUGAGUGGGUGGGGGCGCAGGGGCUCAUGGAAGAGGUGGCAGUUGUGGUGGAGGAGAGGCAAAGAAUGGGCGAGAUCGAAGAGAAGGGUUGGAAGGUGGACAACAACAACAACAACAACAACAACAACAACAACAACAACAACAACGACAACAACAACAACAACGAUGAGAUGGGAUUGUCGGGAUUGGGUGAAACUGGCGACAACGGAGAGAAGAGUGAGGAACAUGAGGGGAGGGCUAGCGAUUGGUGGGAGAACUUGAUGGCGCUCUCUCCUCAGGUCCGCGCCGGGAAUGUUGACGUCGACGGUGUCACUCAUCUGGGGCAGUGUAAUGGAGAGCACACGGGUGAGUGGGAGGUGGCGCAGGGGUUCAUGGAAGAGGUGGUGCUCGCGGUGGAGGAGAGGCAAGGAAUCGAUGAGAUCGGAGAGAAGGGUUGGAAGGCGGACAACAACAACAACAACAACAACAACGAUGGUGAGCUGGGAUUGGUCGAGAUUGGCGACGAGGGCGAGAAGGAUGACAAUAACAACAACAACAAUAACAACAACAAUAACGACAACAGCAACAACAACGAGGAGAUGGGAGAGAACAACAACAACAACAACGAUGGCGCAAACAACAACAACGACUACAACAAUAACUGCAACAAGAUCGACAACAAACAUGAGGAUGGCGGGGACGAUAACCACGGGAGCAGCAGGGCAGAGAGGGGUUGUUGUGCAUCCAAGCCCUGUAUCAGCAGCAUGGGGGAGAUGCUGCCAGCCAUGCAGUGGGGGGGAAUUAGCAGCAAGCUGGGGCUUUCCUGUUUCCCCCCACCCCUACCUGGUGUUUUUUCAGGUGAUUUUUCAGGCGGAUUCGGGUCUCAUUUUCUGGCAUCGGAUGGGGACAGGAUAGAUGAUCUCCCUGCGCUGAGUAGGGUGAUUAGGGUUGAUCGCUGUUCAUUUCUCUAUCCCACAACUCCUAAGCAUGAAACGACUAUUGGUGAUCACGUAUAUCUUUCCUGGUGAGGAUAUGUGCUAUAUGAUAGCUAUUCAUAUCAUUUGAAUAGGGAUUCAUGAGCAGAAGGUCAAUCCCUCCCCCGCGUAGGGGAAGUAAUCAAUGCCUCUGCUCUCA